GGGGGUUAUUGAUUAAUUUGCAGAUGUGGUGGGAGAAUACUGAUUAGCCUGCUGCAAGAUAUGUGAAUGUGGGAGCCUGUGAAGCAGACUGCGGUGCUUGAAAAUUCAUUCUGUGAGUGUAUUUAGGCUAUAGGAAGCUUGCAAAGUGAGUUGCAUCUGCUUUUACGAUUCUUAGAACCUACUACCUAUUAUCCUUAAAUUGGUGAAAUUUUCACACUAGAUUGAAAAUGCUUUAAAUUACUAGUUUUGCUACAAUCAACCUUGCCGCAAAAUGGUCAUUCACAAUGUGGCAAGUGAUAGGGUUUUGGUCAGGCUAUAAUUAGGUCUGCAGUCUGCUAGGAAAGUUUCUUAAACUGAUUCCUUUAUAUGGUUAUUACUGCAAAAUGGGGUUGACUGUUACUCUAUUAAAUUCAUAUUGUUUUGUUUCUAGAAGUUUACACAUUUUUCCCAAUGCUAAAGUCCUCCUGACAAAAAAUUCUGUGAUGAUGCAUCUUUCUACUAAUUAUUUUACAAGGCAAUGUAGCAUUCAAAGUUAUAUUUUAAUAUAGAUUUGACCAUGACCAUCUCAUGCUUAAUAUCCUAUUAUCUUUUACACCUAUCUUUUGAACAAUCUGACCAACUAUUUACAAGCUUAUGCCAAAAUAAUUUAGACAUGGCUACGAUUAUGACCAUGAUGAUAUAAAAAAUUUGAAAACUUUUGAAUAGUAAUAUUAUAUUAUAUUAUAUUUUCUUGCGCAAAAGUUAGAAAGUACUCGUAAGACGUAAGAUAUUGGAACCAGCUAAGGUUUUCACAUUAUAUUCUACCUUCUGAUUUUCAUUGCUUGACUCAUUCUUUCUCCUUUUAUCAUUAGUUUAUAUUACAUUCUAAGUUUCAGUUGCAAACCACCUUCCAUGAAAGAACUAGAUGUUUGGUGUAAUGGCUGAUUAGUUUUCCUCUACAGAAAUGGAUAGAUUGUUCCAUGCUGCUCAGACAGGGGAUAUUGAGGAAUUGCACCAACUACUAGCAAGGAACCCUCUUAUCCUUCAUCAAGUCCCGCUUAUAUGUUCUCAGAAUCCCUUACAUUUUGCUUCUGCUGCUGGGCACUUGGAUUUUGCAAAGAAAAUACUGGAACUGAAGCCUGAAUUUGCUAGACAGGUGAAUGCAGAAGGUUAUAGCCCCAUGCACUUAGCAUCUGGAUGUGGACACAUACAGAUAGCUAGAGAGAUGAUCAGAAUUGACUCAAAUAUUUGCCGUCUUGAAGGCAAAGAAGGGACGACACCUCUACACCUUGCAGUGCUGGGAGGGAGGGUUGACUUAAUUAUCGAAAUGCUAGCUUAUUGUGAAGGGUGCAUAGAGGAUGUGACGGUUCAGAAAGAGACUGCUUUGCAUCUUGCUGUCAAGAGCUUUCAGCUUGAGAGCUUGCGUGUUUUGUUGGAUUGGACCAGGCAAAUGGACAAAGAAGAGAUUCUGAAUAGAAAGGAUGAACAUGGGAAUACCAUCCUGCAUCUUGCAAUCUGGAAGAAGCAAAGAAAGACUGUGGAUCUGCUUCUGAGGAACAAUUCUAGGACUCUGGAAGUGAAUGCAAUAAACAAUAGUGGUUUGACAGCACUGGAUUUAUUGUUGAUUUUCCCAAGUGAAGCUGGUGACAGAGAAAUUCAGGAAAUUCUUCAGGGUGCUGGGGCAUUAAAAGCUCAAGAACUUACCCUCCACAACACAACCUUUACCACCUCAACUAACGAUCCUUCAGUUAACAACCAUUCAGAGGAUCUCAUUGAGUACUUCAGAUUUCAUAGUGGGAGAGAUUCUCCAAGUGAUGUUCGAAGUGCACUUCUAGUUAUCACUGUGCUGGUAGCAACAGCAACGUACCAAGCUGGUAUCAGCCCUCCUGGUAGUGUAUGGCAGGAUGAUGGUCAAGGCCAUCUUGCUGGAACUUCCGUCUUGGGCACCCAUGACUUAAAUUCAUAUAUCAUCUUAGUUUCGUGCAAUGCUAUUGGAUUUAAUGUCUCUCUUUACGCGAUAGCUACACUAACAGCGAAAUUCCCCUUACAGACAGAGCUUCAAAUCUGUCUCUUUGCUUUGUACGUCACAUUCAAUGUUGCUGUAAGUGCUACUUCACCCAAAAGCACCAAAACUUUUACAGCUGUGUUCACGUCUGUGACGUCUACUAUAAUCCCACUGUGCUGUGGCUUGCUCCGAAAAUUUUAAGUUUUUGAACGUACAGGCGCAUAAGUUGCAUAUUUGGAAGAGAAUGUUGAAUUGGGGUGCUAGAAUAGUGGAAUAGGGAUCAUAAUCUUUUUCAUAAUUCAAGGUAGAUAUUAUUGGAACCCAUUGUUUGUUGUAAUUGUACUACUCUUAAGGAAAAUUUAUCAAAAAUAAGCCAACUUUUGUGCGGCUCAAAAUAA